CAGCGUUACGCAGUGUGCCUGCUGACGUCACGCAUCCCCCCCACCCUCCGCGUAGGCCGUGUAUCCCGCACAAAUGCGCAGCAUCGCUGUCUCGAUUUUCUAAGUCAACGCGAAUAUUUUCAGCUCGCUCUUAAAUAUAAAGCAGAAAAUACAUUUGUGUGAAGCAGCAAAAGCUCUCGCACGCUGAGUUCUGACGUCAUGAAAUUUGCACAGCUUAUGCUGUCUGGAGUUUCUAAGGGAACGCGACAAAUCUCAGCUCGCCACGUAAUUCUCUUCCCAAGUUGCCUGGUUAAGGUUAAAUUUCCUUGAGUGAAAAACAUCCGAUUUAGUUAAAUUGAUUUGUUUCGCAUUUUUUCUUCCUUGCAAGCAUCACUUUUUUUUCAGGGUUUUCCACCGAAAUAUUAGGGAAUAUUACAUUAAUCCAAGACAAGAAUCCAAGCCCCGGGCGAAGCCGGGUAGUAAAGCUAGUCACAGAUAAGGUUAGGCGUUUAUAUAUAUUGCAGGGCUGCGCCUGCACUUUCUUUCCCCGUGUGUUUUUCCAUCUGUUGGUGAAAACACGGGCUAAGCUAGCCUUGACAAGUUGUGUAGGAGACAUAAUUGGCCAAUUUAGGACCGCUUAGUACCCCCCCCCAUCCGCAUUAAUUAACUCCCUCGUGCGUGGUCAAUUAGGCUGCCAGCACGCGUAAUUAGUCCUGUCUCUUCCUCGCGUUUACUAAUUAUUCUCUUCCUCGUGUCUCUUCCUCGCGUUGAGCAGGAGGACGAGUGGAGGAGGCCAUUGGCCCGAAAUUGGGAGCGGUUUAUUAUAAAUAGGAGGCUGAUAUGUGCAUGCAACGUUGGUGGUCGGGGUUUGCCUGUGUCUGAGCAGUGGUAACGGUGUCUGGUGUGUGUGUCCUGCCGGUGAAUAUACACAGCAACCAUGGCUAAUGGAACAAGUGGCGGGAGUCCGACCCUACAAACCAACCUGACCUUCAUAGCGACGACCCUAUACACCAACUUGACCUCCAUAGCGACGUCCCUAUACACCAACCUGACCUCCAUAGCCCUGGCCCGACAAACCAACCUGACCUCCGUAGCCCAGACCCUAUACACGAACCUGACCUCCGUAGCCCCAGCCCUGUACACCAACCUGACCUCUGUAGCCCCGACCCUACACACCAACCUGACCUCCGUAGUCACAACCCUACACUCCAACCUGACGUCCAUAGCUGCGACCCGCCUAUCCGGCAUGGACGUGGAGCUGCUCUACACGUUCGUGUUCAGCGUCAUCAUACCGGCCGCGGUUAUCGUGGGCGGGGCGGUGAACAUCUGCGCUAGUUGCGUGGUGGUGGCGGUGGUCUCUGGCGAGCGCGUCCUGAGAGAGAGGGCUCGCUUUGUGCUUCUGGCGGGCGCCCUCGUCGGCGACAUGGUCUUCACCGUGCCCGCCAUUGUCACGUACGGCAUGGCCAAGCUGGAGCUGCUCAUGCCCAGUGUGGCCGUGUCCAUCAGCGUGAUGAUCAUACGGACCGCCCUCUUCGUGGGAGUUCUCUGCAUCGCAGCGAUGUCCAUGGAGCUGUACAUUGCCGUGUGCCUUCCCCUCCGCCACGCGCGCCUCUGCAACCUCCGCUCGGCCUAUGGCUGCCUCGCCACCACCCUGGCGCUGGGAGCCGCUCCGGCGCUGGCUCGGCUCGCGCUUGAGAUCUUGAGCAGCGCCAGCCAAGGCACCGCACUGCUGCUCUCUACCGUCUUCUCUAACAGUAUUCAGGGGGGCGGCGGUGCCGCCUCCGGCCCCGGCUCCUCGGUCGCCGCCAACGGCAGCCUCCAAGCGGCCACGGGAGCGCCAGCUCUGCUGAGCAGCGCGGCCCAGAUGGCAUCCAUCGAGCUGGCUCUGAACAUGCUGAGGCAGGUACCAGCCGUGUUGGUGCUGGUGCUGGCCUACCUCUGCGUGAUCGGGAGCUACGUGCUCGUGUCCAAGGAGUGCCGGAGGGUCUCGCAGCGAGGGAGGACGAGGAAUACGAUCGGCGGAUUCCAACAAAAGUCCAAGAACAGAAAUCUCGGCUCCCUAGAGGCACCUCUGCCGGGCGACAAGGGAGCUGGAGGCAAGCAGGGCGCUCCGUUGGAGUCCCAAGACGCCCCCGAGGACAGCAAGAACCCGAACCGCGCACGCAACACAAUAGGCAUCCAUGCGGUGCAGCUCACGCUGUACCUGAGCGCUCUCUACUACCCCUACAUGCACGGAAUCAUCGAUGGCACGGUGGCCGUGCAGGAGUGGCGUCUGCGCUACCGGGCUCUCGUCUUCCUCCUCUGCUUCGUCCUCCCGCGGGCGCUCUCUCCCGUCGUGCAUGGAGUGCGGUGCCGGGAGCUGCGAAGAGGCUGGCGCAAAAGGAUCGGAGUGGCAGGAGCGGGAGGAGGACUGGGAGGAAGAGGAGUGGGCGGUGGAGGAGGAGGGGAGGGAGGGAAGCAGGGAGAUUGAGGAGGAGUAAUGGGGUCAGAACGUGGAUGGAACGUGUAGCAUGAGAGAGUGUGUGUAGUCUGUUUCUUCUUUGGUACCCGUUAUGUAGUUUAAGCAGAUCAUAAUACUCAGGAUGGUCUCGAAACGAUAAGUAAAUGACUGUGAAUACUGGACAUCUAAAUUUCGAUUUAAAGCUUUCGUGACUGCAAGGGUUCAUCUUCUUUGGUUCUUUCGGUAAAGUCACGUAGAAUGAGAAUAAAAUAAUAAAAUAAAACAAUAAAAUUCUCACAACGUUUCGGCC